CAGACGGCUCAUAGCUCGCUCAUCUUCUUCCGAUCUUCCCUUCCGUCGCGCCGUCGGAUCGAACGCUAGGGUUUCUCCGAAUCUUGCGUUGAUGAAGCGGCCGCCGCCACGCCCGCGCGGCGGCGACGGCGAGACGGCUGGCGAGGGAGGAAGCGGCGGCGGGUUCGGGAAGGGGAAGGGGAGGUGGGGCGGCGGGAGCCGGAAGCGGAACGAGCAACGGCUGGGCGUCGGCGGCGGCGGGGCGCUCUCCCUCGCGGCCUUUGCCAGCGCCAAGUCCAGGAACACCGGCUACAACCCGGCAGUCAUCAAGAAGCAGAAAGAGUUCUACAAAAAUGCUAAAUUAAUUAGCAAGUACAAAAGGACAAAGAAGCAAAAAAAUCAGUCGAGCAAUCCUCCAGAAUUUCCAAUUCAUGAGGGUGGUGGUGAUUUCAAUGUGCCGAAGCCGCAACACAAAGGGAAGAAGCGUACUGCACAAAGCUUGAAGGAAGAGUAUGAGAAAAAACGCGCAGAGGUUGAAAAGACUCAGAAGGAGCGGGAUGCAGUCAUUCAGGCAAAGAGGGAACAGAGGGAGAAGUCUGAGGCGAAGCGAAGAGAACUGAGGGAGAAGAUGUUCAAGAAGACGAGAUCUGGCCAACCUGUGAUGAAAUACAGGAUUGAGCAUCUCCUAGAGACCGCGCUAGAAAGCUGAAGCAAGCGACAGGAUACCAGCUACCAUCAUCACCGUCUGAGACCAAAGCAUGCAAGCAAAAUUUAUAGUUCCGUGCAACCAUCAGUUUGGUUUACCCUACUUUUGUCGCUCGUUGUUUAUAUCAUUGUAAGCUAUCUUUGGAUUUGAUCACAACACUCUGGUUUCCCCUGUCUGUCCGUACCCACAGUCCUGUGCGCUUCCAUUUUGUCAAAUGGUGUAAGAUGAUCAGUAGAGACCUGAGUGCUCAGAAACAAUUGGAUCCAGAAGUCAUGAUAUUAGCUAUCAAUUUCAUCUUA